AUGGUAGAUAUUCUAACCGAGUACAAAGGCAAGCUACAUGAGCUAACGUUCAAUUCGCAGCCAAUAAUCACCGAGUUGACCCAGAUAGCAAAACAGCACCUUGAACUUGCUGAUCAAAUAAUCGACUUGAUUACUGAACGUAUAUACCAAACAAUACCAGAACAAAAACUUUACGCUUUAUACGUGCUAGACGAUAUUUGCAAAGUGGUUGGUAAUCCAUACAACAUUUUAAUUGGCGAUGAGAUUUACAAUAUCUACAUUCACGUUUUCCAGUUAAAUAAUGAAACAAUACGAGAUAAAUUGGUUCGUCUAUUUGAAACCUGGAAAGUUAGUACAUUACGGAAUAGCAAGAUAUUGAUAUUCCCUAAGGAUCAACUUGCCAAAAUUGACCAGUUCUUGAAGAAAGCCGGGUAUCCGAAAAAGACACCUUCUUUUGCAGUCGAUAGCCCUCGAGUGCUGCAGGCCCACGGAGUCGGAGUCGGAGUUGGAGUUGGCGGCCUCCCACCAAAACCUGGUGUUUCCAUACAACAAUCCUUGAUUAAUGAUAUUGACCAGUUAAUACCUGUUUUUGAAAAACAAUUAGCACUAAAUACUCGGGACACAAAGCUUCAAGAUCGGUUCAAGGCGUUGAGUAAGCUAAAGGUGUUGCUAAGCUCCGAGGAGAUGAAACCUGCAGAGUUGGAAGCCAUCAAGUCCCAUAUUGUAAAUAUUCAAGUACAAGUACAAACACAAACAACAGCUUCGGCGGCUGCUGGCUCUGGCUCUCCACAAAAACCACAGCCACAACCACAGCCACAGCCUUCGAUUCCAAAAGUAAACCCUGCUUUUGGUCUAUUCAAUGAUUUGAUUCUUUCAGGAUUAGUUAAAAAAGAGCAAGAACCAAUACCGGGUUCAAAACCAGUGUACACUUUAAUGUUCCCGGAAGUGAAAUACUCAGCCGAUCAGCAUAAAGAUGACGACAUAAACAAUUUAGAGGAUAUACUACUUCAAAGCAGUUCUAUUCAAAGAUCAGAAUACGACAAAUUGAAAUUUGUAGAGUUAUUGAACGUACUGAAAAAGACUUCAAGCGGAGAUUUGCAGCAUUUUAUUAAUAACAAUAAACCUUCAGCUAGUUUAGUCAACUUGCUAUACGAAGCCAAGCCAUCGAAAUGUUCGAUUUGCGGGAAAAGAUUCACAACGGAUUACGAAGGCACUAAUAAUAAGAGAUUACAUUUAGAUUGGCAUUUCAGAAUCAAUAAAAAAUUGAGCGCCAAAGGAGGAGCCAAUAUCCAAUCUAGGAACUGGUACCUUGAUGAUUAUGAUUGGGUAAAAUUCGAUGAAGAUAGUUUAUCAGAAUUGGGAACUGUUCAAAAGGAAACGGGAAUUGGUUUAACUGCUGCUACUACAGCCACAGCUAUUACUGCCGCUGGCUCUACUCCUUUUACUGGCACAGCAACAGAACAGGCUCCUCAAGUUACAUACGUCCCUGUGCCUGCAAAUGAUACAAAUAUGAACAAUAGGUGCCUCAUUUGUCGUGAACAAGUUAAGGCCAAGUACAAUGAUGAAAUUGGAGAGUGGGUAUGGUAUGAUUGUAUGAAACAACCGGGUGAAAAGAAUCAACGAAGAAUCGUUCAUGUAAGUUGCUACAAUGAUAGAAAGAGAGCUGCGGAAAUGGAUCUUCUUAACCUGAAUGUCAAAAGAGAAAAGAUUUGA